AUGGAGUAUGUCAGCACGCGUGGAGGUGCAGAGGCUGUUGACUUCGAGGGAGCUCUCUUCUCAGGCUACGCACCCGACGGAGGCCUCUUCAUGCCCCAGCACAUCCCCUCGCUGGACAGGGACACCCUGCAGCGGUGGAGCAGCUUCUCCUACCCUGAGCUGGUUAAGGAGCUGUGCUCCCUCUUCAUCACGGCUGAGCUGGUCCCACGGAACACACUCAAUGACCUGAUCGACAGGGCCUUCAGCAGAUUCAGACACAAGGAUGUCGUCCAUAUGUCCAGGCUGAAAGAUGGGCUGAAUGUUUUGGAGCUCUAUCAUGGGGUCACUUUCGCAUUUAAGGAUCUGUCUCUGUCCUGCACAGGGCAGUUUUUACAGUACUUCUUGGAGAAGAAGCAGAAGCAUGUCACUAUUCUGGUGGGGACUUCAGGGGACACAGGGAGCUCAGCCAUCGAGAGUGUGAGAGGGCAGAAGAACAUGGACAUCUUUGUUUUGUUGCCCAAGGGGUUCUGCACACAGAUACAGGAACUUCAGAUGACCACCGUUAUUGAAAAGAAUGUCCACGUAUUUGCUGCUCAUGGGAACAGUGAUGAAAUCGAUGAGCCAAUUAAAGAACUGUUCGCUGAUGUCAAUUUUGCCAGAAAAUACAAUCUGAUGAGUUUGAAUUCUGUCAACUGGUCUAGGAUUAUGGUGCAGAUUGCUCACUACUUCUAUGCUUACUUUCAGUGCACCCCAUGCCUGGAUACCACUCCGCUGCCAGUGGUGGAAAUUGUUGUGCCAACAGGAGGAGGAGGAAAUAUCACAGCUGGCUGUAUUGCCCAGAAAAUGGGUCUUCCAAUUCGCCUUGUUGCCGUGGUGAACAGCAAUGACAUCAUUCAUAGGGCUGUUCAACAUGGAGAUUACUCACUGUCAGAGAGCGUGAAGACUACAUUAGCAUCAGCCAUGGAUAUUCAGGAGCCUUACAAUGUGGAGAGGAUCCUGUGGCUGCUCUCAGGCUCCGACAGCCGCCUGAUAAAAAUGCUGAUGGAACAAUUCAGUGUAUCGAAAAGGAUAAAACUGCCAGAGGAUUUGCAUAGAAACCUCUCCGAGACCCUGCGAUCAUGCUCAGUCUCCGACGAGGACAUUGUGCGAGCCAUACAGCGCUGCUGGUUGGAAAACCAAUACCUGCUGUGCCCCCACUCUGCUGUGGCUGCUCACUACCACUACUCACAGCCAGACAGCAUUCCCAGGUGUUGUUUAGCUCCAGCCUCUGCAGCCAAAUUUCAGGAUGCUCUGCUCCGAGCUGACAUGGUUCUCCAGCUCCCCCCUGAACUCACUGUCCUAACAGCAAUGGAGACCAGGUCCACUCCCCUGGAGCGGGGCCAGGACUGGGCACAGGUGCUCCGGGGACAGAUUGAAGCAGCAGCACAGCAGCAAGAGGCACAGGGGGGUCAGUUGGCACCCCUGGGGAAAUGA